AUGACAGACUCUUCUAAAUCCCAACCACCUGUAGAAGCAGUCAAGAUUGAUCCAAAACAGAAUAUGGAUCAGCAGAGCUCGACACUGGCUCAUUAUAGUCUUUUAGCCAGUUUAGAUGCUCAAAAACGCCUGGAGUCAGCCGAGCAAUUGAUGCAGCUGCUUGUCAAAUUCCAAUCCGAAAUGGAUGCCCCGAAUGCUGAACGUAACGAAUCAGCAUCCUCUGACUUGAAUUCUUGCUAUGCCACUGAUGUGACUUAUGGUCUUCGACGUCUGUUGCGCGGCCUUUCUUCCUCCAGAGACGCUGCUAGACAAGGCUUUUCUGUUGCAUUGACCGAGCUCUUGUCAAGUCUGCCCAUGCUUGAGGUUUCUACUGUUCUCAAAAUGCUUCAUGAUUGUACUCAAGAAAAUGGAAAUCGUACUGGACAGGAAGAAAAGGAGCUGCAUCUAGGUCGUAUGUUUGGAUAUAUGGCCAUGUGCAAAUCUGGCAUGUUAUCCCGCAAAUCUACCACAUUGGAAAAUGUGUUGGAAAUUGUUACUGGUCUGUUGAAAUGUGCUACCAAAAAAUCAUAUUUUUCUCAAGCUGCCUAUCAAGUUUUAAUCGCAAUUCUUAAAGAGAUUCAACAAACAGACCUAUCAAAAAGUGUUUCAGAAGCCAUGAUUAGACUUGUUCUCAACAACGGGGUCACAAAUGCUCAGGGGCUGUGGUUUGCUAUAGAAGCUCAGCAUUGUGCACCUAGCUUUGACAAAUGGGAUGAGAUUAUGAUGGGAUGGAAAAGCAAAAAAAUUAUUUUGCACCGUAAAAACAAGGAUUUGAUUGUCGAUAUUCUUAAAAAUACAACAGAUUCUGGGCCUCGUGUGCACUCUGUCUGGACUACAAUCAUCAAUCUUCUGGUCGAAAAAAACUCGCCACUUUCGUCUAAACAGCUUUCUAUUGAAGAGUUCUGGGAAUCUGUAGAAGCUACACUCUUUACUACUUCCCAUGAACGCAAACACAUUGGAUUUCAAGUUUUCGAAGCCAUUCUUUUGAUUGUGGAUGAAAAGCAGAUUCCAUUUUUGCUCACUCCACACUUUUUGCACUGUCUGAUUGAUAGUCUUUCCAAAAAAAAUGGCUAUUUUUACAAACAAGCUCUUCAUACUGCCACGAAUUUAUCCGAAAUUGCUUCUGAAAAGCCCUUUAUAGCCUUUCCACUUAUGAUGCGACUUGUCGGUAAAAACGGAAGCCUUCAGUUUGAUACAGUGACCAAAACAAAAACGGUUGAAAACAUCAUCACUACACUAGACACAGAUCAAAUCGAAUCAUAUAUAGAUUUUCUUGUUACUUCAUUCACUGAUCCUUCAUCCAUGUUGAAUGACAGUUUGGUGGGAACUACCAGCUCUACUCGCGUUGAAAGUGUGCGUCGAUGGAUCUUGCAGCAAAUGUUCCAGUUGGUAAGAAUGGGCAGAUUGCACAAGGAACAAGGAUGGAUCUCUUUGAUUAUUGAGUUUGUUGUUGUUCAUGGAUUUUUCAAGCCUUUGGAAGUAGAUUCCAAGCAGGAAUUUGGAAAGGUAUCGGAUGACAUCAGUACGCUUAGCAGAGAAAGAUUGGUUUCGAUCUUGGGUGCGCUUGGCAACAUUUCACUCAUUGAUAGUUUAAAGGCCAAUGAAGCUGAAGAAUCGGUCGACGACGAUUCAAACUUCAAAAAGUAUGCACGCAUACCUAGAGCUCAUCUUGGUAAACGUCUUAAUGGGGACACGUGGAUCUACUAUGUCUGUCAGCUUUUAAAAGAAAUGGAAUCAAACAAGCAGCUUACACCUCUUGGAAAAAGUUCUUUAAAUGCAAGUGCCCAUGAUGCUAUUCAAACCUGUUAUGACCUUGUAGAAACCAUUCGCGAGCGCAAGGCUGCUACACCUGAAGAGAAUGCCAGCCUAUUGGAGGAGCUUAGUAGUUUCGAAUCACUGGUGUUGCACAUACUGCUUAACAUAUACUAUGAACCAGAGGAAUUCACUUUGCUUGCCAAGGAAAUCAAAGACUGUUAUACGCGUAUGCAUCCUCAGUCUGAAGCUAAACCGAUUCAGGAAUCAAAAAAGCGAAAGGCUGCCAACGCUCAGUCUACUGAAGCUACCGAUGAAGACAUGGAAGCAUCUCCUGAGCCCAUUGAAGUUAUUGUUGAUGUUUUGAUUGGGCUUUUGGUCAAGCCUUGUACACUUUUGCGAUCAAUGGUAUCGGACGUGUUUAGAGGAUUUUGUAGUCGUAUGACUUCUAAAGCCAUUCAACUGAUCCUUGAUAUAUUGUCCACUAAGAGUGGGGUUCAAGGCGCUAGUCAACUUUUUGAGACUGAAGGUGAAGAAAUGAGCGACGAUCAAGAAGAUGACACAGAAGAAGAAAGUGAUGAUGAUGACAGCGAUGAUAACGAGGAAGAGGAAGAGGAAGAUCUUAAUGCACCCGUUGAUGAAGAAUUUCGUCGCAAAGUUGUCGAAACACUUGGCAAAGCAGCUUUAUUCACAACUCAACAAUCAAACGAUGAGGAAGCUGAAUCUGAUGAUGAGGGUAUUGAUGAUGACGAAAUGCAAAUUUUUGACGAUAAACUUGCCGAAAUCUUCCGCCAGCGAUAUGACAUCAAGCAGACGCAUCGUAGUGUCAAGCAGAACGUGGUACAUUUUAAAUCGCGUGUGAUGGAUCUUCUUGAUGUGUUUGUCAAGGAAGCUCCAACGAGUGCACUCAUGAUUCCAGUAUGCAAAUCGUUAAUCGCUGUUGCGCAAAGUAUCUACGACAACUCCAACGAGACGGGCUUAUAUACUCGUACCGAGUCAAUUUUGAGCCAAAAAAUAUGCAAAGCCAAGGCUAUUCCUAUUGUUCCCAUCAAUGCUGCCAUUGAUGCAUUGAAAGAUGUUCAUGAAAAGCUGAUGGGUGCAUCAGAAAUCAAAUUUGGCAAGUUAUGUAACCUUUUAUCCUUGUAUUUGGUCAAAGUCAUAAAGCAUUCUAGUGAUGAGAUGAAGAGUACUACCACCGAAGCGUCUCAGCACAAUGCUAAGCGAAUCAAAAGCGAAAACGAAAACGAUUCUUCUAAUUCAGCCAAUGCAUCAAUGACAUGUGCAUCUGAAGUUGACCAAGUUUGUGAUAUAUACAUGUCUACUUUUACCGGAAUGCUGAACAAAGACCUCCGAGUGCAAGAGCAAAUGCUUCAGGGAUUUAUUGUUCGAUUUAGCGAUCCUUAUGCUGCAAAAAUAGCUUUGCGUAUUUCAAGUAUGCUUUUAUCAACAUUCGACAAACCCUUAAACCUGCAAAUCAAGACGUUUCCGCUGAUCUGUGCCUUGAAGAUCUUUUCUUUUGCAUUUAAACACGUUGUCCAAACUGACGUGUGGUUAAAUCAAGAUGAGGAACAAGGUAUAGCGGGAGGAUGUAAGGCAUUGACCGAUUUUUUCAAGGUUGCGACUUUUGCUUUGGAUAGGACAAAAAGUGAAGUGAAAGGGCCAUUUUUCUUUUCAAACGAUCGAGUUUGUGAGUUGGUCAAGGAGAUUUUGGUCGUAUUGAAACGAGCCAAAUUAUAUCUUAGACCUGCCAAGUUUGUGUCGGUGUGCUUGACAGAAGAACUUGCCACAAUUGGCAAGGAUCUGAUUGCCGAGAAAAAGUUUAAAGACUUUAAAAGAGCUGUGCAAGUGAUUUCUGAAAUCAACAGAGUCUGUUUGAAUCAAGAAUUCACUAAAUCGAAAAAAAACAAUUCCAAGUCUAAGAAAUAA